GGGAGCUGCUGCAAAAGCAACAGGACAUUGGAUACAUUGUGAGAGGCGGGGCGAUUGUAUGAUGGACAGACAGAUCGGCCAGGCAGCACGCGGAAAACUCCAGCCGCGCCCUCCAAUUGGGCGGUAGCGGAGGCAGGACAGCCACUCAGCGUGCUAGGGGCGGGGCAGACGUGUUUGAGAGACACGUGGGCAGCAGGAUGAGGAAGUGAGAAGGAAGCUCUGGCUGUGCAGCUGGGUGCGUUAGUGACACACAGAGAGAGGACCAUGAUCGAGGGCUGGAGCCCAGUUCUGCAGAGCCUCCUGGGCACAUUCUUCACCUGGGGGCUCACCGCCGCCGGGGCUGCUCUGGUUUUCAUCUUCUCGCACGGCCAGAAACAAAUACUGGAUGGAAGUCUUGGUUUUGCUGCUGGGGUUAUGCUAGCUGCUUCUUACUGGUCUCUGCUGGCACCAGCGAUUGAGAUGGCAGAGUCCUCGGGGACUUAUGGAGCGUUUUCCUUCCUUCCCGUGGGAGUGGGCUUCACACUUGGAGCAACAUUUGUUUACUUGGCUGACCUAUUGCUGCCCUCGCUGGGUAUUGACGAUUCUCCGCAAAUGGCAUUUGCGCUCAAACAGGAGGUGAAAGCAGUGAAGGGGAAGAAGGAAGAGGAAGUUGGAGAUGCCAAGAGUCCAGAUGAAGAUUUUGCCAUCCGGAUAGGUAGAGGUGGAUUAUCUGCAGAGAAAGUAGACAAUGGAGAAGUCUAUCAGAGAAAAAGGACACAGCAGCCCAACUACUCAGAGGGUUUGACUGCAGUCAGUCAUCCAAGAUCCACUUCAGAACAAAGCAGUUGGAAGCGCAUCAUCUUACUCAUUCUUGCCAUCACUAUACACAACAUCCCAGAGGGUCUAGCGGUGGGAGUUGGCUUCGGCGCUAUCGGCAAGACUGCGUCCGCGACGUUUGAGAGUGCACGGAACCUAGCUAUUGGAAUUGGCCUGCAGAACUUCCCAGAAGGUCUGGCUGUCAGUUUGCCGUUGCGAGGUGCAGGGGUUUCCACGUGGAAAGCGUUCUGGUACGGUCAGUUAAGUGGUAUGGUUGAGCCAGUGGCAGGAAUAUUUGGUGCCUUUGCUGUAGUUCUGGCCGAGCCUCUCCUGCCCUAUGCCUUGGCUUUCGCUGCUGGUGCCAUGGUUUAUGUGGUAAUCGAUGACAUUAUUCCUGAAGCUCAACUCAGUGGAAAUGGCAAAUUGGCAUCCUGGACUUCCAUCGCAGGAUUUGUCUUGAUGAUGUCGCUCGAUGUUGGUCUGAGCUAACCUCAAGAUUUAUUUUACUGAAGCAAUUAGUUUGGAAACAAUCAUUUUCCCCGUUUAGAAAAAAAAUGUAUUUUUAUUUUAAAUUCAUUUGACAGAUCAUCAUACAAAAUUUUAAUUUCAAGGUUGCUGCAAUUAACUUGCUCUCACUGAGAAAUAAUAUUGACUCAGCAAAAUAUGUCAGCAGCUUCCAGUCUGGGGUUAUUGUUAACACUUGAUUGUCCAGCAUCGUUGAUUGUUUGACACUUGUUCUCAUUUGUGGGUUUACCCCAACUUUUGAAUUCCGAUAAUUUGCUUAGUGUGCGGUUUGUUUCGGUCUCCAGCUUUUGGUGAUUCAGUUCUUAUUACAUCAGUGAAAGUAUCACGACUAAGCGUUCGUCAGUAUGAACCAAGGAGUCAGGUAAACUUGAGGAUCCACCAUUGCCCACUUUAUAGUCUAGUAAUUCCACAAUGAAUUAUUGUCAUUCAUUAAUGAUUACCCGUUGAAAGAUGCUUAUCAUGUGGUACUUCAGAACGUCAAAUGGACACUGUAUUAAGAAGAAAGCAGACAUGAUGACCUUUUGAAGAAUAUUACUUUCACUGUGGAAUGUGAAACAUAUGAUACCUUUGUUUUUUUUUUGCAAAAUGCUUUAUCUGAAACAUGUUAUCUGCACUCUUUGAACAUGUCCAUCUGUCUUGUUCACAUCAGUCUUCCAACAAUCUACAUCAUCUAGCUGGUCAGUAUCAGUCAGCGUGUAAUGUCUGAAAAGAUUUGAACACCUCUGAUGGUGCUAGCCAGAUAUUGCUACCAACACACAUCAUUAGACAUUAAGUGGCCUAUGUCACUUUAUAAUGCAAAAGAAGCUACAAAUAAAAAAUAUUUAGGUGUGCCACAUCUUAGUUGUUGCACCUCUCCCAUAUCAAUAUCCAGCUUUGUUCUUAUUGAAGUGAAUUACAAACAAUUCCAGAGCAUUUUACCUCGGUGGCAAAAUCUAAGUAGGAUUGUAAUAACCAAGAAUGCAAGAUUUCUAGUUGACACGUCAGGCCCGAAUCAUGACUAGUUCAAAGCGCUCACAGUACAAGAGGCAGCCUGAAGUGAUCUCAAGCCAAUUAGAUGCCAAGUGAGUGCUAACUUAGAACCAGAAUAUAUUCAAUGAGAUGGCACAUCUUUGGAUAGUAUAGGAUUACCAUCAACUAGUAUAAAUAGCCAUUAAGUGGCUCCAAAGGUAAAUUGGUGCAACAGCUGCCUAUAAAUGACCUUUGCAACCAGUUACCAGACUGGUGCCUGGAAGAUUGAUGUGGGAUCAGUGUGACCAUAAAGAAUGAGUUUCUUUUUAUUGUUUCAAACAUGUCAGGCAGCAAACAAACAGGAACAGAGAAUAUCUCAUGAGCAGCUAAUAAAGCAAUCAAAAGAUAUCUGAUGUCCAGGAAUUUAUAAGAGGGCAAUAAAAUUUGUAGCUGCAUCUUUCCCAUGCCCAAACAAAGGAAUGUAAACUUCAAAUACCACAUCAGAACCUGGAGCUGUACUGAACAUUUGCCAUUGAACACAAUCGACCGGUUGUAUUGCAAGGUUAACUGUAUUCAUGGCAUACACACCCAUUUACAGAACUUGACAUCAGUGUCCUCUUGGCCAGUUGCUCAUUUUAAACAGCACUUAGCCACACAAUGUCAUGUUUGUUUUGAAGUAAAUAUAUAACUACUGUAAUGAGGUGCAUUAUAAAAAGGUUAUUGAAAGAUAUUGUUCUGGCACAAUAUUGCUGGCACUAUAACAAAACCGAAAAGUAAAGCAAAACUUAUUAGAGACUUUGGCUAAAGAAUAAUGGUUGAACUCUUUAACCCUGACAAACCCUCCUGGUGGUUUAGAAAGAUCUUUUGGAAGUUUUAGUUCCCUCAGUGACUAACUUUUUGUCCAUAUUCUUCUUGCAGGAUUGUUUCAUACCAUAAAACUUCACUCAAAAAAUGUCUUAUUGGUGGGCUUGUUUUGUUUUCUAAGCAAAGAAUACCAGAGUUCAAAUUGGUACAGUAUUUAACUUUGAAAUACCUUAGAUACACAUUUGUUGGAACUGGUUCCAUGUUUUUCACCAACAUAAAACCAUAAGGUUAUUCUGAAUCUGUUGUCGAUUGCGACAGUUGUUUUUGGGGUACAUUCAGUACAAUUCUAUGAUGAAUUGAGCAGAGAAAU